ACACAGAAGUCAAUCCGAGCGAGCGAGAGUUCAGCAUGACCAUGCACACACAGGACAUGUCAGACGUUUGCUCCACCCAGAGAGGAUCUGCAUGUGGAGCCUGUAUAGGGGCUGAAAUCCAACCUGAAUCACAACUUUUCCCUGUCCGGGGGUAAAGUCCGUGCGUGUGUAUGAAAUCACAUGGCAUUUUAAGAAUGUUUCAAAGAUGGCGGUUUGUAGUAACAGAGUGCAGAAAAGUGCAUGUUUGGAGGUGCUAGUACGGGAGCGAUGGCACGCGGUGCUGGCGAGUUUAAGCGACGAGUCGCUGACGCUCAGCUGCGAGGAGACCGCGACAGACACCGGCGUUAACCUGAACGGCAUCACCACCAAAGGCUCCUACGACCAACCAGACCCCACCAACAGCCCCAAAGCCGGAGUAAGGACUCCUUUCACGGAUUCCCAAGUGCCCGAAGCGAUUGCGAACCGCAAAAGAUGUGUCAAAGUGAUCAAGCUGGAGGUCGGUGGAUUAGGGAUAAGCAUCAAAGGCGGGAAGGAGAACAAGAUGCCUAUUCUUAUCAGUAAAAUAUUCCGAGGUCUGGCCGCGGACGAGACUCAAGCGCUCUACGUGGGGGACGCGAUACUGUCCGUGAACGAGAUCAAUCUGCGGGACGCCACGCACGACGAGGCGGUGCAGGUGCUGAAGAAAGCGGGCAGAGAAGUUAUGCUGGAAGUCAAGUACAUGCGGGAAGCGACGCCAUAUGUGAAAAAAGGGUCACCGGUGUCUGAGAUUGGCUGGGAGACUCCGCCUCCUGAGUCCCCUCGUCUCGGCAGCCCUCAUUUCGAUAUCCCCAGCCCCCCCUCACUGUCCUUACAGGGCGACCGCAGAUACAUCCCCCUCAAAAUGUGCUACAUCACCCACAGUAUGACCGUCCCUGACCCAGAAAACAGGCAGAUUGAGCUGCACUCCCCUGAUACCAAGCACACAAUAGUCAUGAGACAUAAAGACACCGCCUCUGCCCAGACCUGGUUCACUCUCAUGCAAACUGCCAUCUCAAACCUGACAAGCAAAGUCCUCUGUGAACUCCAAGAACACGCGGGCCGCCAUGGCAUCGCCGGGAGUCGAGAGAUCCGACACCUCGGAUGGCUAGCGGAAAAGAUGGAAAGUGAAAGACGGUGUUGGAAGCCGGUGCUCGUGAUGUUGACUGAGAAGGACGUGCUGCUGUUUGACAGUAUGCCACGCAUGAGAGAAAACUGGCUCAGCCCGACACACACCUACCCUCUGCUCGCCACACGGCUGGUGCAUUCUGGUCCAGAUAAGGGUUCACCACAGCCUGGUGGUGAGCUGUGCUUUGCUACACGGACGGGAACCAGAUUGGGUAUAGAAGCCCACCUUUUCAGGGCAGAGACCUGCAAGGACCUGUCACUCUGGACCAGACACAUAGUCACUGGCUGCCACAUAGCUGCUGAGAUGAUCAAAGAAGUCACUACCAGUUGUAUGUAUCAGGGUCAGGACUGUCGCUUGGUCAUUCAUUAUGAGCGAGGUUUCUCUGUUAUAGCUGAUGGAGAGGACCGCUCUGUGGCACAGCCUCUGUUCAGUUACCCUUUUGAAAAGCUGAAGAUGUCUGCUGAUGAUGGUGUACGGAUCCUCUAUUUGGAUUUCGGCGGGAACGAAGGUGAAAUUCAACUUGACUUGCACUCCUGUCCCAAGCCCAUUGUUUUUAUCCUCCACUCCUUCCUAUCUGCCAAGAUUGCAAGAUUAGGAUUGGUAGCCUGAGAUUGAACUGUCAUAGACUGAAACCGUGACAUGAUUAUUCCAAAAUGGAGAAGGGAAACCCGGAACGCAGUGGAACUCGCAAGACUGAAGGAGGGCGAUGACGCAGAACUGACCCUGUAGCAAACCGGACCACUCAAUGAUUUUAAUUACAUUUCAGUAAUGAAAAACUAUGUAUUUUUCAGAGAAAUAUUAAUUAUAGUGAAACAAUUUCACAUUGAUUUUCUAAAAAAAAAAAAAGUCUAACUAUCUAAUGAACACUAAUUUGUGAUUGGAACUAAAAAAUACUAGAAGUGUUAUUUUAGAAUCCAAUACAGCAGAGUAUUCAUGCCAUUAACUUCUAUGUAAUGUUAGGAGGUAAGGCGUCCAUGACAGCUGUGUAACAGCUAAUGUGGAUUAAAGAGGCUAGUUUAGACCUGGUUAAUGCACAUAAAAGUUAAACAAGCCGAAAAUGGUUAUCUCGUUUCGUUUCUGGUGCUUUCACUCAGGAGUUGUGCGACACUGAUAGUUGAAGCAAAAUCAACAUGAACAUUCUAGAGUGCCAGUCAUCAAAGAGGCAUGUCAACAAACUGUCUGCUUUCACAAGGCCUUUGUGACAAAAGAGGAAAAUCGAGACAGGGUCAGCCCUCCCCUUCAGAACUGUAUCGGUUUCCACAGACAAAUGGAGUUUCGGUGACUUCUACAAACGUCUCGCUUAUGAAAUCUGGAGUCCUGACUUCAAAAGAAAUCUUCAGUAACGCCGUCACAUUUGUGUAGUUGUUUUUAAUAUUCAUCAGAAGGAUGUUCUCCAUUCUUGUGUGAUGUGCUUGCAUGCACGCUAGCACAACUAUUAUGGAGGCUGAAAAGUGCUCUCAUAUUUAGCUUCACUGUGCAAACACACAAGGGCCAUUAAAGAACUUUGGAUGUCAGAUUAUAAAUUAGAGCACUUGAGAAUUUUCAAGUUAACCAGCAAUUAUUGUCUAUUGUCAGGCACUGAGUGUUCCCAGAGCACUGAUCCAUUGUGGGGACAGCAGGGCCCCUGUGGCACAGCCUUUGUCUCAUCUGUGAAACCAUCCCUGUCAGAUUCCAGCCCACAUGACAGAUCCAGGAGUCACGGGGCUGAGAAUCAAUUUUCAAAAUUAAAGGGAUAGUUCACACUAAGAUGAAAA